AUGGAUGAGGAACGACUCUCAUCGAGACUUCUUGCCGAAAAAAACGUCGUGGCUGCAUUUGUUCGCCCAGGCGUGUUGCAAGAGACUGUCGAAACUUUUGAUGAGGAGUUCGCGAAAGGAAGGGAUAUAGGCGACACAUGGGUUGUUCAUCCUACACGAUCCCAUGGAGAAUGUGGACUUACUGAGCUUUUAAAGAUAGCUACGACAAAGUUCAAAGCCGCAGACUGUGGUUACUACCCUUAUUUUGUGAUACUAAUCGACGACCGCACAACGGAAGAUGGCACCGUGUUGCUUGGGCAGCAGGAUCCGUGGUAUCCUCCAGUAUGGGCGCUACGAAUCACUCCACGAAGUUUGUCAUGUUUCCUCAGCGUUGCGGACAUAGGCCAUACCACUAUUGAAGGAGUUUUGGCCAACGAUAAGCCGGAAGGUGAUGAUUCAUGGGUUCAUGAUGUCCCGUUUGACUAUACAGUUGCGAAUAAGCAUCGGAAUGCGCGGCACUUGGUAAGUCUUAGCCAAGAUGAAGACAAGCACCAGAACGUCGAAAGCAUCAGCAGGGUCACAGUCAACGGCUUGACGAUACAGUGGUACGGUGAAUUACCUGAGAGUGUCCUUGUUCUCAGCGGAGUAUACAACGGGAAGCGUGAAACCAGCCUAGUCAUCAUGCUGAGGGUUAUUAGCAGCGUCUCUGCUCGCUCAAAGCUCAAAAUUUUACGCGAGAUCCUUUACGGUCAGCCCACACAUUAA